AUGCUGCUCCUCAACAGCGUGGACAAAUUUAAGAGCAAACUGGGCCAGUCUCCUCUCGGGGCCUACUUUUCGGACUACAUCGAUGGUAACGACGUGAAUAGGGCCGCGAAGUACAUUUUCUGGCGCUUCAAUCAACUCAACCGCGCCAAUCUCAAUCUGUCUCCGCAUCUUACAAUGACCACCGACGAGACGAACAUCAGGCUCGUGUUUGCCGCUUUCCAAGAAAUUGUACUUCAAUCUGCAUUGCGCAAUUCUGAGAUUUUCUAG